GCGCAGUUCAGUUAAGUGAGGAACUCGGACGCGUACACUUCUAGAAACGACUACAAAAAUUUACAAACUCUUAAUUGAAAAUACAAAGUGAUUUUUUGAUAAAAAAAAAAAGAAAUACUUACUUCCUGCAGUUUCGUUGUGCUUAUCCGCCAUUGACUAUGAGUCGGUCGUUAACGCUUGGAAUUUGCUUAUUUCUGUUGCAAUCUGCCAACUCACAAGAUAUCGUUGCCAAUGGUACUAAAUCUUGGAACAUAACCACCUUGGAUCGGUUGCAUCUACAGUUAUUUAUCAACUAUGAUAAGAACGUACAUCCCUCAUAUCACGGUAUACCGACCAAUAUCACAUUGGGUAUGUCGGUCAACUACGUCGAUAUUGAUGAGAUAAAUGGGAAAAUGAUUUUGCACUCUUGGUUAAAGAUUAGAUGGAUGGAUGAAAAACGUUCGUGGAACAGUGCCGAUUAUGACAAUAUAACGCAAAUCCAUUUAAAACCGAAAGAAGUAUGGAAACCAGAUUUAACACUCUUUAAUAGCGCUGGCGACAAGAGUGACUACUUGGGUGAUACACAAAUAUUAUUGUCGAACGAUGGCAGCUUCUUAUGGGUACCACCAGCCGUAUAUACCGCAUACUGUAGUUUGAAUUUCCGCAAUUGGCCCUACGAUACGCAAGUGUGCAAAGUGAAGGUCGGCUCAUUGGCGCUCACGUACAUCGAUGCACGUUAUCUGGAUUUGAAAGAGAGCUUAGACUACAGUGACCUAGUACAAUCUACACAGUGGGAAAUCGUUGAAGGCGCCACAUCUUAUCGAAAACAGGAUUAUUAUAAUUACAUUGAGUUCAGAUUUAAUCUAAAGCGUCGUUCGUCAAUGUAUACAGCGGUUAUCUUUACGCCAGCUUCCUGCAUAAUAUUACUGGCGCUUUCCUCGUUUUGGCUGCCCCCGCAAAUGGGUGAAAAAAUACUAUUGAACGGUGUGCUGAUUGUACUCAUAGCUGCCUUUCUCAUGUAUUUCGCGCAACUACUGCCGAUUUUGGCCGAAAAUACACCACUUGUAGUACUGUUUUACAGCUGUAGCUUGUUGUUGCUCAGCAUCUCAACGAUAAUUGCCGUGUGUGUAUUGUAUCUCUCAACGGCGAAGCAUAAACGGCACUUACCUGAGUUUGUCAAGACCAUACUCAACGGACCGCUAAGCAAGAUUCUUCUGCUAGAAAACUUCACAUUGGAAGCGGAACCGCACACCGUUAGCAUGAAUAACGGCACCAAAGAGUUGGUCGAGCAUCAAUACGAGAAUCCUGACGGCAUAACCGAUGCAGCGGCCAUGCACGCAUCCACCUCGUCCUCUGCUAAUCGUUUCAUUCAAUUUGAGUGGAUUUUAUUGGCCACAGCCAUUGAUCGUAUUGCCUUCCUAUGUUAUAGCCUUACAUUCAUAGUUUUGUCUAUUUUAUAUGCUGUCUAAGUUAAAUUGGCUUUAGUAAAUUAUGUUUCUAUGAUUAUUAUCAAAUACCUAUUUGAAAACAUACACAAUGAUAUAUAUGUACAUA